CUUUCCUUCACUGCUCCGACGCGUCUGCCACCAGCCAUGCCAGACGUCCCGAGUCCGACUCCCACCCCGGAGCUCCCAGACGAGGAGGAAUACUACUCCUCAUGGUCCCUCUUCCUCGUUUGCAUCCUCCUCAUUAUCUCUCUCUGGACAUCCUAUUACCUCCAAAUAAAACGUAUACGCGCAAUUCAUGAGACACUGGUGUCUAUCGGAGCAGGGAUGGUGGUUGGCUUUGUUGUGCGUCUCGCACCAGGGCACUUGAUUCGGGAGAUGUUGACCUUCCAUCAUACUAUAUUCUUCAACCUAUUGCUGCCUCCUAUUAUUCUUAAUUCAGGUUAUGAACUCAAGCAGGAAAUGUUCUUCCGCAACUUUGGUUCAAUCCUAAUAUUUGCAUUCCUGGGCACAUUUAUUUCUGCAGUAGGCUUAGGAGUGCUCGUGUACAUCUGGUCGCAACUUGGUCUCGAGUCGUUAGACCUCGGUCUACUGGAAUGCCUCAUGUUCGGCUCAACACUCUCCGCGACAGACCCAGUAACGAUCCUCGCCAUAUUCAACCAGUACAAGGUGGAUCCCAAGCUAUACAACAUCAUCUUUGGAGAGAGUCUGCUGAACGAUGCUGUCAGUAUCGUCAUGUACGAAACUCUUUCCAAAUUCAACGCCCCAGAAAUAGAGGUCUAUUCCAUCUUCCACGGUAUCGGUGUGUUCCUCCUCUCCUUCAGCGUCUCCAUGGCCCUCGGCAUCGCCUUCGGCCUCUUCAUGUCCCUAACCCUCAAACACUCCUACCUCGCCCAGUUCCCCAAGAUCGAAUCCUGUCUAGUCGCACUCUGCGCCUACACCUGCUACUUCUUCUCCAACGGUCUCUCCAUGUCCGGUAUCGUCUCCCUCCUCUUCUGCGGAAUCACACUCAAACACUACGCAUACCACAUAAUGUCUCGCCGAACCCAACGCGCAACAAAAUACAUCUUCUCAAUCCUCGCUCAACUCUCCGAGAACUUCAUCUUCAUCUACCUCGGUCUCUCACUCUUCACUUCCGCUCCCUCUGCAAAAGUAACGAGUUACUUCAAACCUCUCUUCAUCAUCAUCUCUACCGUAUCCGUCAUAUUCGUCCGUUACGCUUCUGUCUUCCCGAUUUCUGAAGCUAUCAACCUCUUCCAACGACAUGUACGCGGACAACGUCAGGACGAAAUCCCAUAUUCAUACCAGAUGAUGCUGUUCUGGGCUGGUCUGCGCGGUGCAGUCGGCGUAGCGCUCGCAGCAGGGUUUCAAGGAGACAACGCACCAAUGAUGCGAACGACCGUACUCGUCGUCGUCGUACUCACAGUCGUCAUGUUCGGCGGCACAACAGCCCGCAUGCUCGAAAUCCUCAACAUCCGUACAGGCGUAGAAGACGACGGUGCAGUCAGCAGUGACGAAGAAGACGCUGCUCAUCUACUCGGCGGUCCCGGUUUCUUCGGUGGACGACGUAAUUCCGAAGCAGGAGGAGAAGGAGGAGGAGGAGGAGGAUGGGGCCGAUAUCGCGACGACGACCACCCUUAUUACUCACAAACCCGCGCAGCACGCAUCGCAGCACAAUACAACCACCACGUCCAAUCCGCCUCUCUCUCCGGCUCACAAAACCAAAACAACAUCUUCUCCGCCGCAUCCUCAUCAGACGAAUACGACUCCGACCACGGUGAAGUCCUCCCACUCGCCUCAACCGCCAACGGCGGUCCUUCAAGCACGGCAGACCGUGAAGCUGGCAGUCGAAAAGACACCAACAAAUGGAAAUUCCGAACAAUAGACGAACGCUACCUCAUCCCUCUCUUCUCAAACGCAACCGCAUCUCGUACAUUCCACGAACGCAGACAACAACGUCGCACGCGAGCAGGCGACACCAGCGUCGAAGGAUCUUCCACUCCCAGAGGAGGAAUCGUCGUCGUCGGUGGCGGCGGCGGCGGCAGUGGUGGUAAUGGGACAGACUCAGGUAGGGGUGCUACACCUGCUGAAAGCGAGGACGAAGGUGGUGGACAAGAAGUUGAUUUGCGUGAAGGCGCGAGGAGGAGUCGGACGUCAUCUACUAAUGGAAAUGGGUCGACAUGGACGGGGACGGUACUCGAGCAGAGAAUUGGUAGUCCUGCGCUUAGGACGCCGAGGGACUUUGGUCGGUAGUGUUGCAUGGGACGUAUGUUUGAAUUGUAGACGUACACUUGGUGGCUAUUUGAGCAUAGAGUUAGUUAUUCAGUACU